UAUAAACACAGUGUUGAUUCCCUGAAGAAAUCAGUUGGAGGUUCCAGUCAUCAGAGUUCCAGACACCAGGAUCUUCAGUAAAGACCAGACGCUCCUAACUGCAGGCAUGUGCUCCCUUCCCAUGGCAAGAUACUACAUAAUCAAAGAUGCACAUCAAAAGGUUUUGUACACAAGGAAUGGCCAGCUCCUGGUGGGAGAUCCUGAUGCAGACAACUGCAGUGCAGAGAAGAUCUGUAUCCUUCCUAACCGAAGCCUGGACCGCUCCAAGGUACCCAUCUUCCUGGGGAUCCAGGGAGGAAGCUGCUGCCUGGCAUGUGUUGAGACAAGAGAGGGUCCUUCCCUGAAGCUGGAGGAUGUGAGCAUUGAAGACCUAUAUAAGGGCGGUGAACAAACAACCCGUUUCACCUUUUUCCAGAGAAGCCUGGGCUCUGCCUUCAGGCUUGAGGCUGCUGCUUGUCCUGGCUGGUUCCUCUGUGGCCCAGUUGAGCCCCAGCAGCCAGUGCAGCUUACCAAAGAGAGCGAACCCUCUACCCUUACUGAGUUCUACUUUGAACAGAGUCGGUAGGGAGGCAUAAGAUUGAAGUCCAACCUAGUGCCCCCAAACUGAGCCCAUCUUGCUCAAAAUGACAGUCCACCAAAGAUGUCUAAGCCUUAAUCCCUAGAAUCUAUGACAAUGUUACAUUAAAUGGUAAAAGGGACUCUGCCUCCAUGGUCCAUUUGGGCCCAAUGAAAUCAUAUGAGGCUUCACAAGAAGGAAGAAGUUGGAUACUGAAGUAAACUUUGCUACUAAAUUCGA